AUGAGUAAUACUAGCAAAGAUGAUAUGUCUGUCUCAACAUCAAUAUUAGAAAAACUUCCGUUAACAAGUACAUUGCAAAGACAUCGUAAAAAAAGUCUUAAAAAACGACAAGAAAUUGAAAAGCUUUUACAAGAAGGUAUUAGUUCAAUUAAUCUUGCUUCACCAUCGACAACAGCCAACACUACCAAUGUUUUACAUUCUGUCGAUUCGGAUUAUUAUCAAUUAAAUGAAGGUGAAGAACGAUCAAUGCUGGAGCCGAGUACAUAUAACGAUAAAGAUUUUCAAGAAACUGUCAAAUUUUUACUCCAGUGGAUAAAUCAUGUUUUAGUCAGUGAACGUAUGAUUGUGAAAUCCAUUGAAAAUGAUCUUUUUGACGGUUAUGUAUUCAAAAAAUUAAUUGAAACCUUUGAACAAAUUCAUUUGAGCAAUGGUGAUGAUAAUAUUCCUUUAUCUGAACAACGACAACGAGAAACCAUAAAAACUGUGUUAAAAUAUUUUAAUUCACAUAUCAAUAAUUAUGAUAAAAUCAAAUGGUCUGUUGAAAAACUGUACCGAAAAGAUAUCGUAUCAAUGCUACAUUUUUUAUUGGCAUUAAUUGAAUAUUAUGAUCAUCAGCAGAUGAAUAGUCUACCAAAAACUUUACUUGUUAAAGUAAUUGUUGUUAAAAAAUGUAAUGGUUUACUGCAAACACGCAUUGUUCACGAUCAAUUGAUUGAUAAUCAUGAAAUUUCAAAUGAUAUUAAACAACAUGACGAUGAAGAAAACGAUUUUGUACAAGAUGAACGACAUGGUCAUGUUGUUGAUGCAAUUGACGCUUUAUUUGACUUAGCUUCUUCUGAAAAACUCUUUAUUGUAGAAAAAACGUUAUUAAAAUUUGUGAACAAAUAUUUAAAUCCAUUGAAUAUUCAUAUAAAACAAUUGGAUGUAAAACAAUUUCAAGAUGGUUUAAAUUUGCUUUAUUUGAUAUCAUCAUUAGAAAAUUAUUUUCUUGUAUUAAAAUCUUAUCAUCAUUCAAAACCGUUAACAUACGAUCAAUCAUUAUUUAAUCUCAAUUUUGCCUUCGAUUUAAUUAAUGAAGCUGGAAUUAAUGUGAGAAAAUAUUGUCGGAUAAAUGACAUAUUAAUGAAAACUGAUAAGAAAACAAUUUAUCGUCUACUAUAUCAAUUAUUUUUGAAAUAUAAUCAGCACCAACAACCACAAGCACAAGCAAAUAUAUUACCAAAAGAAAAUAUUAUUUCGACUAAUUAUCAUACAAAUGAUCUACAUUCUUAUUAUUAUGAUGGUGAUAGUCCACUUUUGUAA